AUGGCGAGCAUUCUUGCUAUAUCUAAAAGUCCUGUGGAUCCGUCAAGAGAAGCAGAUGAUGCCGCAUCCGAGCCUUCGGUAGACGCAGAAGUUACACAGCGCUCUUUCGAGCGGCAAAGAACCGAUCGGAGGGAAACGAUGCCCAAUGAGCGGCUCACCAUAGCUGACAGAACCUUGUCUUCCAGUCUUCCGCUUCGUACUCGUACUGGAUCUCUGAUUUUCCGAAGUGCCGAGCAAGAUGUUGAAGCGCCGCUUGAUGAACGAACAGAACUUGAGAGGCAGGAGGUUCCCGCAUCAAUCCACGUCCCUGGCCGCGAUGAGGACACUGAUCAGGUUGGGAGAUCGCCCACGACCGCUUUCGAGGCUGACUCGGAACCUUUCGCGCUCCAUAUGUAUCAGCGAAUGGCCGAGGAGCCAUCUGAAGAAGAACUUGAGCCCGAGAGCCAAAGCGCUACAUCAGUUGGUGUCAACAAUCUCGAAGAACCGGCUGGUCAGUUCGAAAGAGCAUCCACUGCGAAUGUUACAUUCGAUCCCGAAUUACUCGCACUUGACGUUUAUCAACGAAUUGCCGAAGAACCGCUUGAAGAGGACUCUGAGGCUGAAAGUCAAAGCGCUAUCGCGUCGACCAAUGUCAACGUCAUUGAGGCAACGAGUAGUCGAAUCCAGAGAGCACCGACUGCUAAUUUAUUAUCGAAUCCGACCUCUUUUGCGCUCCGCGUAUAUCAACGCAUCGCUGACGAGCCACUUGGGGAAGAACCUGAGCCCAACGCUAUUGCGCCGACGAACUCCAACAGCACUGAGGAUAUGACUAGUCAAAUUGAGAGAGCACCGAAUACUCAAGUCUCUCGGACAGUAGAGCCCUUGGAACAUGUCAAAGCUCGAAGCCCGACUGGCACGAUGCCCCCCGUUGAGAGACGUGCCACACAGACUUCCCCCGGGUAUCCAGCGAACAUACCACGGGCUGUAACAAUAGCUCGCGACGUAGAGCGCAAACAAAGCAGUGCUGCUCCUGACCAACUCGAUAGAGCACUUACCAUGCGAUCCUCUCCAGCACUGGAGCCUUUGGUAUAUAUCGACCCUGAAGGCCUGCCAUCAAAGACUGUCCCUCUCGAAAGAGUGAGGACACAGGCCUCACCUGAACUCUCAGUCGAUGUACCACGGGCGUCAACAAUACCUCUCGAAUCGAAUCGAAGACGAAGUAGCGCUGCUCAAGGGUUCAUGCCAUCCGCCCGAGGAUCAGAGCCUUCAGUACACUCCAGCGCCGAAGCUGUGCUCGAUGAGACCCCGCAGGUACAGGGAAGAUUGAGAGUAGCGCCCACAGAGCCUCGCACAACUGAUCGUCGACGCAGCAGUGCGGCCCCUGGUAUCACAGCGUCUCCUCCACAGACCAUCCCUGAAGGCAUAGAAGUCGGAGCUCAAACUAAAAGCCCGACGAAGAAGCGGAAGCAAGGUGCGAACUACCCACCUGAGCAGCAAUAUCCGCCAGCGCCUGCAUAUCCCCUACGGGAGACUCCCUCAUGGACGAAGCCGGACACUCGGACUCCAUCACCAAAGGUGAAAGCUGAGACUCCGCCCAAGAAGAGAGGAUGGCUUAAUCUCGGGGCCAAGCCAGAAGAAGGGUCUGCUGAGUUAGAGGGAAUCAAAUCCCGUCAAUCAAGCCAGCCUGCCCUAGACCCAUCAGAAGUGCAGCCAUUUCUGGACGCGGCACCUGGGUCGCCAGAAGCCCCAGGGGGAACGCAAAAAAGGCAAAACAGCUAUCCGAACCAAACCAGACAGGCUACCUAUCGUCGAGACUCCAGUGCCCCUCCUAUCCGAAGGGCCGACACUCGAACAAGACAACCCUCCGUCUACGCUAACAAGGGCGACUACUACCCAGUCAGUCCGAUCCUUCCAGACCGCAUUGACAACGAUUCGCAGCUCCAGCCUUCACCAUCUCGAAGAAACAGUUACUCCAUCCCACAGUCAGCCUCAAUACCCGAGAAUUCGCCUCAGGACGAACCGCGUGCGCAGUACUUCCGUCGCGUCUCGUCAGGCCCCUCCCGCCGCCAAUCGCAAUCCCAAGGAGCUCUCUACAUCCAGAAAGAUGUUGCAGUCAGUUCCAGAGCACCUACGUUCCAAAAUAAGCUGGAGACUGAGGACGAGACUUCUCGAGCGAAUCAAGAACGCCAUGAAGAAGACUUCCAGGAACCCGUCCGGAAAGACGUACGCAGACCGACUGGAAUGGGAAGCCCAACCUCGAAAGCAGAAGCAACGCCCAAAGAAGGAGCUCAGUCGCCUGAGACGCGGCAAAAGUUUUCUCCGGUUCCCCAGAAAGAAGGCCCGUCAGACGAAGGAGAGUCAGAUCAUUCGCCGAGCAGGUUUCCGGAACUGUCUGGUGCUCAAGUGCCAAGGGGACAAGAGCAAGAGCCAACAGCACGAACCGAAGAACAAAAGCGGACUGAAGUGGUUAUGGAAGAAGAUCCCGCGCCUGCCGACGCCAAGGGUGCACAUGAUGAAGACAUACCCACCCGCCGUCGCAUCGAUAGCUCAAGCGGGCCCUUCGAAGAUGACAAUGCCUGGAUCAACAGCACGGUGAUCGAAGACUUUCAGGUGCAAACCCAGAAGAAGCGCAAAUCGCACGAGCAAACACUCGUCGUGCAACCUCAGGACGAGUGCCUGAUUCCGCAACAGCCUCACAAUCUGCACGAAAAGAUUCAACAACCGCCACGCGAAGGCCAUCGUCGUCAGUCAAGAGGACGAACACGCGACGGAAGUCAUCAGCAGUCGGAGAAGACAGAGCAGCGCCAAUCCUCACAGAAUUACCAACGGUAUCCAGAGCACCGACACGAUCGGCGACGAUCCCCUCAAUAUCUCGACAAGUCAGUAUCCGGCGAGGGUCUGCCGCUCCUAGAAGGGGUACAGCAGCCUCCCCAGAAGCUUUGCCAGACAUUCAAGCCAGAUCAACAAAGGAAGGCAGCUCAAGAUCAACCCCGCGGCAAGAGUCCAGAGGUGCGGCCUCGCCUGUCGCGGUACAACCAGGUCGACGGUCAUCUACUGCAACUAGAACAGCUUACGACCGGGGAAAUUCUCCUGCCGGAAUACAACCAUCGAAAGGUUCAUUGGGUACAACCCAGCGCGCAGACCAGAUCUCAGAACAACAAACCCAGUCAAGCCCACGAACAGAACCAAGCGAUGCUAAGCCAGCAAUGCCGCGUCGAGUGA